AUGCCGCCCAAGGGCACCAAGCGAAAGGCAGCGGCCAGCAGCGGCAGCGGUGGCAGCGGCGCUGGUGGGGCCAAAGUAGCCAAGGGCAGGUCGGCCAAGGGGAAACCCCCGGGUAAUCCUCCAAAGGCCAGCCCCCCCAUCAAGGACAUCAAGCCCGAGACGCUCCCUGCCGGCACCAGCGGCGGCUGCAGCGGCGCCCCUGGCGCCACAGUGUAUGCUGUCAAAUGCAGCCGCGCGACAAGGGUCGCCUUGAUCUCAAAAGAGGCAUACACAGACCUGUAUGGCGACGAGGUCACCGAUAUGGAGGAGUUGAUCAACACAAAAGCCGUCCGUAUGGACGGCACGUGGUUCUGGAGCGGGCCCGGCAGCUGCGCGCCCAACAAAGGGCCUGCCCCGGGCCUGGUUGUGUACAGGACCACAGCCGCCGCCAACGCGGCAAGUGAGGAGGCGUGGGAAGAGCUGAUGCGUGGCCACCCCUUCGACUGCCGCGUGGCGGGCAAUGAGGACAAACUUGAGAAGGAUGAGGACGAGGACAGGCAUAAAGAUGAGGAUGAGGACCAGGACGCGGAUGAGGACACAGGCACCGGCACUGGCGGGCGCUCGCAACAGAAGAGAGCAGCCUCAUCCGACGACGACGGGGGCAGCGACGCCGACCCCGACGACUUCAAGACCAUGGCCCCUGGCGGCCUAGCGGCCUGGGCGCGGCGCGAGAGAUUUUUGUACUGCCCGUACAAUGCGGGCACUCCCAACAUCAUGAGCAGCAAGGCCAGGGUGGAGAUCAUAGAGGUGGUUGUGAAGUGA